AUGCAUUCCUCAGUUUACGCCGUUCUCCUCACCUGCCUUUACGGCAGCUCCUUCGGUGCUCCCAUUGUCAAUACUGGCAAUGUCCUCGCGGGCUGGAGCAACGUUGCUUCUGCUGCUGGGGAUUUAGCCAAGGGCGUGGACCUUGGAUCCGCCCCUGUCAUAACCAAGAAGGACGUUGUCGAUGUGGACGCCCUUGCCAAUGUCGAUGCAACCGUCUUGCGUCGACAAGUCAUCCCAGGUGUCGAUGGACUGGUCGACAAGCUGCCUUUUGGAGAAGUCACCAAGGAUCUCCCUGUCGACAAGCUCCCGAUUGACAAGCUCCCAAUCGACAAGCUCCCUAUCGUUGGCGGUGUUAAGCGAGAUAUCAUCCCAGGUGUCGAUGGACUGGUCAAUAAGCUGCCUUUUGCUGGAGAAGUCACCAAGGAUCUCCCGAUCGACAAGCUCCCGAUCGACAAGCUCCCGAUCGACAAGCUCCCGAUCGACAAGCUCCCGAUCGACAAGCUCCCUGUCGAUAAGCUUCCUAUUAACAAGCUCCCUAUCGUUGGCGGUAUUAAGCGAGAUAUUAUCCCAGGUGUCGAUGGACUGGUCGAUAAGCUGCCUUUUGUUGGAGAAGUCACCAAGGAUCUCCCUGUCGACAAGCUCCCUGUCGAUAAGCUUCCUAUUAACAAGCUCCCUAUCGUUGGCGGUAUUAAGCGAGACAUUAUCCCAGGUGUCGAUGGACUGGUCGAUAAGCUGCCUUUUGUUGGAGAAGUCACCAAGGAUCUCCCUGUCGACAAGCUCCCUGUCGAUAAGCUUCCUAUUAACAAGCUCCCUAUCGUUGGCGGUAUUAAGCGAGACAUUAUCCCAGGUGUCGAUGGACUAGUCGAUAAGCUGCCUUUUGUUGGAGAAGUCACCAAGGAUCUCCCUGUCGACAAGCUCCCUGUCGAUAAGCUUCCUAUUAACAAGCUCCCUAUCGUUGGCGGUAUUAAGCGAGACAUUAUCCCAGGUGUCGAUGGACUGGUCGAUAAGCUGCCUUUUGUUGGAGAAGUCACCAAGGAUCUCCCUGUCGACAAGCUCCCUGUCGAUAAGCUUCCUAUUAACAAGCUCCCUAUCGUUGGCGGUAUUAAGCGAGACAUUAUCCCAGGUGUCGAUGGACUAGUCGAUAAGCUGCCUUUUGUUGGAGAAGUCACCAAGGAUCUCCCUGUCGACAAGCUCCCUAUCGAUAAGCUUCCUAUCGUUGGCGGUGUUAAGCGAGACAUGAUCCCAGGUGUCGAUGGACUGGUCGAUAAGCUGCCUUUUGUUGGAGAAGUCACCAAGGAUCUCCCUAUCGACAAGCUCCCUAUCGUUGGCGGUAUUAAGCGAGACAUGAUCCCAGGUGUCGAUGGACUGGUCAAUAAGCUGCCUUUUGUUGGAGAAGUCACCAAGGAUAUUACUGGCACUGGGCUCAAUGGUGUUGAAGAUCGUGUUAUCGGAGGCUUGUCACACACCAUUCCCGCCAGCAAAGGAAAUUAA